UUCAAGUCAUCAAGAUGCAUCAAAAACGAUAAAUUUGAUGUCAUUAUAAAUGUAUCAGUGUAAUUAGGAAAACUAUAUAUUUUUCUUUUUUUUUACAACAGAAAACGAAAUAUUUUAAGCAUAAAAAUGAGAAAAGUAUACAAGUAAAACACAAUUUGGCAUCGUGGUCGGAGCACGUGCGGCUCCAGUGAGGCCUGAGCAAAGACAGGAAGCAGAAUCCCCAGCUGGAUUCAUGCUAUUAUUUACAGCUAACUAAUUAUUAAUCAAACAAUUCUACUAUUUUUCUGGUAUUAAAAAAUUAUAUAUACUCACCGAUUGAAUUUUUCACAAUCUUAUGUUAUAUAUAUAACAUUUGUCACUGCUUGCCAAUUAAUUGAGACAAUUUUGUGUGGUGUUUUAUAUUGUGUUUAUCAUAUUCAACCACGUCUUAUCAUUCAUGUUCACAAACCAAGAAAUAAAAAGUUUCUAAAGAAAAAUAAUUGGUGAUGCCAAAAAGAUCCAAUCUGUCAGUGACUUUGGAUCAAAUCAUUCACGUGGGGAAUAUUAACAAAGUUUCAAAUGGUACGGCGUGGUCAUGUACAAUUAAUCUACUUUGAUUUAAAUUUGAUUAAUUCAUUUAAUCGUGCGGCGUCCAUAGUCACAAACCAGCUAUUCUCACUGUUAUUGUUCAAUGCAUCGGUCAAUUCGGUGUGAUUUUGCGUUUUAAUUAUUUGUACGCUGGUAAAAUAUUUCGGUUUCUUGUUCUAACUUUACAAAACAAAAUUGAAUUCCUCCAUUUCUGUAUAUUAAUUAUCAUUGCAUAAUUGUGAAAAUGCCUUGUUAGGUGUCAAUAUGAUAUAUCUAUUUUGUAAUGAAGGCAAACAAUAUUUCAAACUGAUGUGAUAGUACAUUUAUCAAUGAAAUUUUCUUCCAGUACCUUUUGAACCUCAUUGAUGUGGCUGUGCAUUGUUUAUUUCAGAGGUCUCGGUAUAGAGAAGUCAGACAUGUGAUCUCAUAUUUGGACUUUCAUAUUUCAGAACGUUUUAUUGUUUGGCACUCGAAUGCUUAAACCAGCGUCAUGACAUCAGACACCAGAAAACAUUUCCCAACAUAAUACCAAAUUUUACAUCUUCAUAGCAACCAGAUCACGCAGUAAAAACACGGUCUUUUGGAACAAAUCUCGAGGUCUUCUUUGAAUGGACCAACCAUAUGUUAGAAUCAUGGUAGAUUGGAGAGUUACAUUCCCAGCACUUGGGCUUGAAACUAACUCGGUUAGCACUUGGGGUUUGAAGUUACUUGAAGAUAUUUAACCUCUUUUUAAAAAUAUGAUAUAGUCAAGUGAUAUAAGAAAAGUAAGAGGGCUCUCAUUCACUUGCCCCUUCAUGAUAAGAGCUGACUCCCGUGACCACUAUGUUGAUAUACAUACGUUCACAAAAGAAGUUUCCGCACCUCCUCAUUCGUCAGCAUCCGUCAUCAUAAAACUCAAAACGAGUGUUGUGUAUUUCUUUCCCAUGAGCUUUUUUUUUUUUUCUAUUGACUUCAUAAUCUAUUUUUCUGAAUAGUAUAACGUCACAAUCUAUUGACAUCCGAAAAAUAGUACAUAUUCAUGUAAGCAUGUUCCUCCCUGUAACGAUCCACCCACUCAACUACCAUUACGUGCUAAAUAAAACUGAUAAUCUUUUUUAUUAGUGUUGAUAAAAAAAAAAAUAUUUUUUAUUAGUAAAAAAUACUAAUCCUUUAAUUACAAUCCAUGAUCAGUACUGUCAUUGAAAAUUAAAAUCCAUAGUAAUAAAUUUUUAAAACUAUAAUCUAACAAAAAAAACAAAAACCAUUCAAUACGUAAAUCAUAAUAUCCAAAAAAACUACUUUUAUCUUAAAAUUUAAAGAUCCGAUAUUACAGAAGCCAACCAAACUUCAUCUCCGGUUAAACUGGAGUUCAAGUUUUGAUUUUUUUUAGAUGGGUCGUGCUCGAACUCGUUCCGGUUACAUCUCCACCGCUUUAGGAUUCUUCCGGUCUCUGUUUCCUCGCAACCUCCGUACUAACAACAUGAAGAUAAAAACAGGAAAAUUUUUAGGAGUUUCGGUAUCACUGAUUCUGAUAAACUUAGCUGCGAUCAUGGAGCGAGCAGACGAGAAUCUACUGCCUUCGGUUUACAAAGAAGUGAGCGAAGCGUUUAACGCCGGACCAUCAGAUUUAGGAUACUUAACAUUCGUUAGGAACUUCGUUCAAGGACUCGCGUCGCCGUUAGCAGGAGUUCUAGUCAUUACCUAUGAUCGUCCCAUCGUUCUUGCGAUAGGUACUCUCUGUUGGGCUUUAUCUACUGCUGCCGUUGGUGCUAGCAACUACUUCAUUCAGGUUGCUUUAUGGAGGGCAGUGAAUGGGUUUGGGUUAGCUAUUGUGAUACCGGCGCUUCAGUCGUUUAUAGCAGAUAGCUAUAAGGAUGGUACUAGAGGAGCUGGUUUUGGUUUGUUGAAUCUCAUUGGUACUAUUGGUGGUAUUGGAGGAGGUGUUGUAGCUACUGUUAUGGCCGGUUCAGAGUUUUGGGGAGUACCGGGAUGGCGUUGUGCUUUCAUCAUGAUGGCAACGCUUAGUGCAGUGAUUGGGUUACUAGUGUUCCUCUUUGUGGUUGACCCCAGGAAGCACACUGAACGAGAGGAACUAAUGGUUCAAAAGAUAUCUGUUUGGAAUGACUCAUGGGCAGCUACAAAGUCAGUGGUGAAAGUAAGGACGUUUCAGAUCAUUGUCUUGCAAGGAAUCGUUGGUUCAUUGCCUUGGACUGCAAUGGUUUUCUUCACAAUGUGGUUUGAGCUUAUUGGUUUUGAUCAUAACCAGACAGCAGCUUUGCUUGGGGUGUUUGCGACCGGAUGCGCUAUAGGAACGUUGAUGGGAGGCAUCAUUGCUGAUAAGAUGUCUAGGAUCUUUCCGAACUCCGGUAGAGUGAUGUGUGCGCAGUUCAGCGCCUUCAUGGGGAUCCCAUUCUCAGUGAUCCUUCUGAAAGGAAUCCCACAGAGCAGAGAAAGCUACUUGACCUUCUCCAUCACUCUCUUCUUGAUGGGUCUAACCAUAAGCUGGUGCGGUUCAGCUGUUAACGCGCCCAUGUUUGCUGAAGUCGUCCCACCUAAGCACCGGACCAUGAUCUACGCGUUUGACAGGGCUUUUGAAGGCUCUUUCUCCUCGUUCGCUGCACCUUUGGUUGGGAUCUUGUCUGAGAAGAUGUUUGGGUAUGACUCCAAAGGUAUUGAUCCUUUGAAAGGGUCAUCUGUGCGUGAAGCUGAGGCUCUCUCCAAGGGGCUUUUGUCGAUGAUGGCUGUCCCCUUUGGCCUCUGCUGUCUCUCUUACACGCCUUUGCAUUUCGUUUUCAAGAAAGAUCGAGAGAACGCGAAAAUGGCGAGUUCUAAAGACGUUGAAAUGAUAUGAGAGAUUGCUUAUGUUUUUUGAUUCUUUCAAAUACCACAGCAUAAAUACAUUGAAACUGAGACCGAAUCAAACUGAACAGAAUGUUAUACAA